AUGUUUGGAAAAAGUAAAAACAAAGGGUCUAGUACGGCAAGAUUCGUCAAGAAUAAUAGCCGCUUUUCCAACAACAAUAGUAAUACAGCAUCAUUAUCGAAUAAUUUCGCAUUGACUGCCCAGCAAUUAAUGCAAGCCUCUAAAAUAGAUGACAUUGACACAUUAAUGGGGUUCGAAAGAUAUACUCCUCCUCAAUUUAAUGGGAAAGUAGAUUUGAAAAAUUGGAAAAAUAUUCCUGGUCGGGUUGGUUGGUUAAUUAAUAUGCAUCCCACAAUGUUAUCUCAAGAUCAUGCCACUAAUAAUAAUAAUAAUAAUAAUAAUAAUAAUGGUAAUAGUAAUAGUAAUAGUAAUAGUAAUAGUAAGAGUAAGCACAAUACUGGUAUGGCUGAAUUAAGCGGCAGUAAUGGGAUCGCAGGUGUAGAUUAUUAUUUCCUAGAUGAAGAAGGUGGUAGUUUUAAGACUUCCAUUAAUUAUGAUCCCUAUUUCUUCGUCUCAUGUACUGAUGAUUCAAUGGUUAAUGAUGUCGAAGAGUUUCUAAAGAAGUAUUUGGAAUCGUGUUUGAAAGGGAUCCAUAUUCUUCAGAAAGAUGAUUUGGCUAUGGAUAAUCAUCUUAUCUGGUUAAAGAAAACUUUAAUCAAAUUAGAGUUCGUUAAUUCAAAUCAAUUGUUUGAAGCAAGGAAAUUAUUAAGACCUAUCUUGGCUGAUAACAAGAAAAACAAGUUACAAAGAAACAUUUACAAUAAUAACAAUGCCGUAAGUAGUAAUAAUAAUAAUAACGACACAAUAGUGGACGCAAAACAGUUCAUAGAAGAUAUACGAGAAUAUGAUGUUCCUUAUCAUGUCAGAGUUUCCAUUGAUAAAGAUAUACGUAUAGGGAAAUGGUAUAAAGUCACAGCAGGUGGAUUCAUUGAAAAUACAGAAAAAGUGGCAUUUGCUGAUCCAGUAGUCCUAGCGUUCGAUAUUGAAACAACAAAGGCUCCAUUAAAAUUCCCUGAUUCAGCAGUAGAUCAAGUCAUGAUGAUUUCAUAUAUGAUCGAUGGUGAAGGGUUCCUUAUUACAAAUAGAGAAAUCAUCUCGGAAGAUAUUGAAGACUUCGAAUAUACUCCAAGACCAGAAUAUGAGGGUCAAUUUACAAUAUUUAAUGAAGAUGACGAAAAGGCAUUAUUAGAAAGAUUUUUCGAACAUAUAAGAGAAGUACGACCUACUGUCAUAUCUACAUUUAAUGGUGAUUUCUUCGAUUGGCCAUUCGUCGAAACAAGAGCUAAAAUUCAUGGUCUUGAUAUGUUUGAUGAAAUUGGUUUUGCUCCUGAUUCUGAAGGUGAAUAUAAAUCUUCUUACUGUUCUCAUAUGGAUUGUUUCCGUUGGGUUAAACGUGAUUCGUAUUUACCACAGGGUUCACAAGGUUUAAAAGCUGUCACACAGGCUAAAUUGGGCUAUAAUCCUAUUGAAUUAGAUCCCGAAUUGAUGACUCCUUAUGCUUAUGAAAAACCUCAACAUUUAUCUGAGUAUUCCGUUUCUGAUGCCGUUUCAACUUAUUAUCUUUAUAUGAAAUAUGUUCAUCCUUUCAUUUUCUCCCUUUGUACAAUUUUGCCCCUGAAUCCAGAUGAAGUGUUAAGAAAAGGUACUGGUACUUUAUGUGAAAUGCUUCUUAUGGUUCAAGCUUAUAAAGGAGGAAUCCUAUUGCCAAAUAAACAUACAGAUCCAAUUGAAAGAUUUUACGAUGGUCAUCUAUUAGAGUCCGAAACUUAUGUCGGUGGUCAUGUGGAAUCCUUGGAAGCUGGUGUCUUUAGAAGUGAUCUUAAAAAUGAAUUUAAGAUUGACCCAACAGCAAUCGAUGAAUUAAUUGAAGAUUUACCCCAUGCUUUAAAAUUCGCCAUCGAAACUGAAAAUAAAGCGGAUAUGAAUGAAGUGACUAAUUUUGAUGAAAUUAAAACCAAAAUUACAGAAAAACUUUUGGAUUUGAAGGAAAAUACGAAAAGAAAUGAAUUACCACUUAUUUAUCACGUGGACGUCGCAUCUAUGUAUCCAAAUAUUAUGACAACAAAUAGAUUACAACCAGAUAGUAUUAAAACGGAAAGAGAUUGUGCAAGUUGUGAUUUCAAUAGACCAGGUAAGACAUGUGCAAGAAAAUUAAAAUGGGCCUGGAGAGGUGAAUUCUUCCCAGCUAAAAUGGAUGAAUAUAACAUGAUUAAACGAGCAUUACAAAAUGAAACUUUCCCCAACAAAAAUAAAUAUUCAAAAAAACCAUACCUCACAUUUGAUGAAUUAAGUUAUUCAGACCAAGUGGCCCAUAUUAAGAAAAGAUUGACAGAAUAUUCAAAAAAGAAUUACCAUAGGACGAAAGUUUCUGAAAUUGUUGAAAGAGAAGCCAUUGUAUGUCAAAGAGAAAACCCAUUUUAUGUUGAUACAGUCCGUGGAUUUCGUGAUAGAAGAUAUGAAUUUAAAGGUUUAAGCAAAAAAAUGGAAAGGGAAAAUAGUCUCAAAUCGAUUCAUCUGAUAAACAUGGUAAAGAUGAAGCAAAAAAUGAUUGUUCUUUAUGAUUCUUUACAAUUGGCUCACAAAGUUAUCUUGAACUCUUUCUACGGGUAUGUUAUGAGGAAAGGGUCCCGUUGGUAUUCUAUGGAAAUGGCUGGUAUUACAUGUCUAACUGGUGCUACAAUUAUCCAAAUGGCUAGAUCUCUUGUCGAAAGAGUGGGUAGACCAUUAGAAUUAGAUACAGAUGGUAUUUGGUGUAUACUGCCGAGCUCCUUCCCAGAAAAUUAUUUCUUUACUUUACAGAAUGGCAAAAAGUUAUUUAUGUCAUACCCAUGUUCGAUGUUAAAUUAUAGAGUCCAUCAACAAUUUACAAAUCAUCAAUAUCAAACAUUGGUAGAUCCUGUGAAACAUAGAUAUGAAACGCAUAGUGAGAAUUCCAUUUUCUUUGAAGUAGAUGGUCCCUACAAGGCAAUGAUUUUACCAACUUCCAAAGAGGAAGGGAAAGGUAUCAAGAAGAGAUAUGCAGUGUUUAAUGAAGAUGGUACUCUGGCUGAACUGAAAGGUUUUGAGUUGAAAAGACGUGGUGAACUUCAAUUGAUCAAAAAUUUCCAAAGUGAUAUUUUCAAAGUAUUCCUGGACGGCAACAGUUUAGAAUCAUGUUAUGCUGCAGUUGCAAGCGUUGCUAAUAGAUGGCUAGAUGUCCUUGACACUAAAGGUGCAAUGGUGGAAGAUGAAGAUUUAAUUGCAUUGAUUUGUGAAAAUAAAAGUAUGUCUAAAAGCUUAAAAGAAUACGAAGGACAAAAAUCCACAUCUAUUACUACUGCUAAGAGAUUAGGUGAAUUUUUAGGAGAGGAUAUGGUCAAAGAUAAGGGUCUUCAAUGUAAAUAUAUUAUCAGUACAAAACCAUUCAAUGCGCCAGUUACUGAACGUGCCAUUCCAGUUGCUAUUUUUUCAACCGAUAUCAAUAUUAAACGUUCCUUCUUAAGAAGAUGGACCAUGGAUCGUGCAUUAGAUGAUUUUGAUAUUAGAACAAUUAUCGAUUGGGAUUAUUAUAGAGAGAGAUUAGCAUCUACAAUUCAAAAAAUUAUUACGAUCCCCGCUGCAUUACAAAGUGUUUCUAAUCCUGUACCCAGAGUAGAACAUCCAGAUUGGUUAAAGAAAAAGAUUGCCAUUAAGGAAGACAAAUUUAAGCAAACAUCAUUAAGUCGAUUUCUUUCGAAAACUACAGAUACACCUAAGGCAGGAAAGAUUAAAGAUAUUGAAGAUCUUUUCAAGAAUUCUGAUGAUGAGAACGAAGGUGGCCAUAUAAAAAUAGCAAGAUCAACUUCCAAACAUAAGAAUGGUAAGAGAAGAAGAGACCAGAAGGAAGCUGCUGUAGAAGUUUUAGUUUUACCGUCGGAGAAACCAUCGAUCGACGUAGAUUACGAAAAAUGGCUAGAGUAUCAAAAAAUUAAAUGGAAGAUUCAAAAUAGAGAUAGAAACCGUCGAACUCAACUAUUUGGUAAUACCAAUUCAUCCUCAGAAAGAGGUGCGUUCGGAAAUAUAAUCAGAAAACAAGCAGAAACAUACGCUAAUUCUACUUGGGAAAUACUUCAAUAUAAUAAAUCUAACGAACCCGGUAUUCUAGAUGUGUUUACAUUAAUUAAUGGUAGAAUUCAAAAUAUUAAAGUCAAAAUUCCCAAGACCAUAUAUAUUAAAUUCAAGAAUGAUAUUAUUCCUACUCACAAGAUAAAACAUUUUUCUAUCGAAAAAUCCAAUUCCUCAUUACCGAAUAUUCCUCAAUUGGUCCAAUCUACGAAUGGCACCUUAUACAAACUUACUGUCCCCGAGGGAACGUAUUUAGAAGAGUUAGAAGAUAGUAGUAGUAUACUAAACGAUGAAAACGUAUUAGGCAUCUUUGAAAGUAACAUACCAUCGAACCAACGUGCGAUUAUCGAAUUAGGGUCCUCAGUAGCGUUCAAGUCGUCAGUACUUGGAGCUCUAGGGAAAGGUUUGCAAAGUGGGUUUGAUAUGAAGAAUUUGUCAAUGACUGAUAAUGAAAAAUAUUUGCAUAGAUCCCGUCUUGAUGUUAGUUACUUAUUACAUUUUCCUACCAAUAUUGGUUAUGAAUUUUUCACACUCUUUAAAUCAUGGGGUAAUACAAUUAAUGUAUUAGUAUUGAAGCCGUCUAAUCAAGCACAAGAAUUAAAUCAGUCCAUUCUUGAACAAACAUACCGUGAAUCAUAUCAUAAGAGAUCCAAUAAAAUAAAAAAAUUCACCCACCUAGUGGACGUCAAAGAAGAUGUAGAAUUUAAUUUUGAAUAUUUCACUGAUAUUUCUAAACUUUACAGAAAGAUAUCUAUUAAUAUGAAUAAAUUGAAAGAAGAGAAGGGACAGCAGUUCCUGUUGUUAUUACAAUCUCCCUAUUCCAAGAAAAUGAUGAAAUCUAUCCAGUUUUUAAAUCAAGUUCCAGUUGUGAAAUUAGCUUUAAAUGAACUAAAUCUACCACAAUUGAAUUGGCAAAACGGAUUAAUUAAGAAGUUAGUUAGUCAUCUUUUAUCCUGUGGAUCUUGGGUGUCGCAUUUGAUCGAAUUAGCUAAAUAUAGUAAUAUCCCCAUUGGUAACUUAAAUCUGGAUACAAUGAAUUUUAUCAUUGAUGUUCUUUACGCAAGAAAAUUGAAACAGGAGGGGAUAAUCAUGUGGUGGAAUGAAAAUGUACCAUUACCCGAUCAUGGUGGAACAGAAAAGGAGUUUGAUUUAAAUACAUCAUGGUUGAUGAAUGAUUCAUCUUAUAUUGAAAUGAAUAAUCCAAACGUAUAUGACAAUGCAGUUCUUGAAAUUGAAAUUAGUAAUUUAACGGUAAAUACAGUCUUGGGGUCUGCAUUGAUUAAUGAUGCAGAAGGUAGUGAUUUAGCCGAUAUUAAUGUUUUAGAUGGUAAUACUAAUAACGGGGGAAGCUCUGCAUUUGUAGAAGAUUCAUUUUCAGGCGCUGCAUUGACAGUCUUAAGAAAUAUGUUAAAGGAAUGGUGGGACUUAGCACUUCAGGAUAAUUCAGUGGCAGAUAUUUUAGUUAAUUCAUUUGUUGGAUGGACUCAGAACCCUACUUGUAAAUUAUUCGAUGGCUCACUAAGAUAUCACAUCCAGAAUCUGACCAAGAAAUCAUUACUUCAACUAAUAAACGAGUUUAAUACUUUGGGAUCUAAUGUUGUCUUUGCCGACAGAAAUAAAUUAUUGAUUAAGACUACCAAAUUUUCCCCGGAGAAUUGUUAUGCCUAUAGUCAAUACAUGAUUAAAUCUAUCAGAACCAAUCCAAUGUUUGGUUAUUUAGAUUUAAAGAUCACAAGAUAUUGGGAUAUACUACUUUGGAUGAACCAAUAUAAUUUUAGUGGUAUUGCAUGUUCAGAAAUUGAAGAAAAGGAGAAACAAGAUUUUAGUGCUUAUUCUCAUUGGCAAAUUCGAAACUUUUUACCAUCAAUUUUCCAAUCUGAAUUUGAUGAUUGGAUGAUGAUUAUUUUAGAUAGUAUGGUAAAGACAAAAGAAGCCUAUCUGGAAAAAUUCGCUGGCAAUACACAACGUUUCACUCAAAUAAUUCCAAUGAAAGCAAGAAAUGGCAACGCGAAUGAUUCUUCUGAAGAAACUUGUUCCAUUUCACAAUUCACUGAACUUUUCAGGGGCCCAUUGAUCAAAAGAAUUACAAAAUUAUUCAAGAAUCAGCAAGAAUUUAUUCUCGAUACUCAAUAUGCGUCAGAUUAUGCAUUCCCUGUGUUACCUGGAUCUCAUCUAAAUUUAAAGAACCCAUUAUUGGAAUUAGUGAAAAGUUUAAGUCAUGUCAUGUUAUUGUCUAAGAAAACGACUUUGGAAGUAAGAGAAUUGAGGAAAGAAGUACUGAAAAUCUUUGAUAUCAGGGAAUUUGCAAAAAUAUCUGAGUUUAAGGAUCCGAGUACCAGUUUAGUCAUUGACGGAUUUUUAUGUGAAUAUUGUUCAUAUAUCUCUGAUCUUGAUUUUUGUAAGGCAGAUUCAGAGACACUUUUCAAUUGUAAGAAUUGCCAUAGGGAGUUUAAUAAAUUAUUGUUACAAGAACAUUUGAUUGAGAAAUUUUAUUCAACUAUCGAAACCUAUGUUACUCAAGAUUUAAGUUGUUCUAGAUGUCAUAAGAUCAAACAAGAUUAUAUGAGUAUGCAUUGUGAUUGUUCUGGUUCAUGGGAAGGUGUUAUAUCACCAGAAAAAGUCACGAAGGAGGUUCAAAUAUUCAAACAAGUUGCAGAAUAUUUCGAAUUUGAUAUGGUAAUGAACGCCCUAUCUCAGUUCUAUUAUUAG